AUGCCACCAAAAAAGAAGGGAGAGGUUGAGCGCGUUCCCCUCCUGGGACGUCUUGGAACUAAUCUUCGAAUUGGUAUUUUGGGUCUGCCUAAUGUGGGCAAGAGCACCUUUUUUAACGUGCUGACGAAAUCGGAGGCGCAGGCUGAGAAUUUCCCAUUCUGCACAAUCGAUCCGAACGAGAGCAGAGUUCCGGUCAAUGACAAAAGAUUUGAUUGGUUGUGCGAACAUUACCAACCGGUUAGCAAAGUGCCGGCAUAUCUCAACGUCACCGAUAUUGCUGGUUUGGUGAAAGGAGCUGCUGAAGGUCAAGGACUAGGAAACGCGUUCCUCUCUCAUGUGUCCGCUUGCGAAGCCCUGUUUCAUCUUGUGCGGGCUUUUGAAGAUGAUGAUGUAACACAUGUAGAAGGUGAUGUCAACCCUUGUCGCGAUCUUGAAAUCAUCUCUGACGAACUAUUCGCGAAAGAUCUGCAAACGUUAACCGGAGUUCUUGACAAAGUCGAGAAGCUAGUCACUAGAGCGGGUGAUAAGACACUAAAGGUCGACUACGACACGUUAUUAAGAGUUAAGAAAGAUUUGGAAGAGAAGAAACCGGUCAGGUUAGAUACCUGGAACGAGAAGGAGAUUGAGGUCCUCAACAAACACUUAUUCUUGACAGCCAAGCCAAUCGUCUAUCUAGUCAAUCUAUCAGAAAAAGAUUAUAUUCGGAAGAAAAAUAAGUGGUUGCCGAAGAUCAAGGAAUGGAUUGACAAGGAAGAUCCCGGUGCGUCAUUAAUACCAUUCUCUGGUGCGUUUGAAAACAAGUUGCUUGAUAUGCCCGAGGAUGAACGUGAGAAGUUCUGUAAAGAAAAUCAGACGUCUUCCAAUCUGGACAAGAUUAUCCAUACUGGUUAUAAAGCUCUGCAGUUGGAGUACUUCUUUACGGCUGGAAAGGAUGAGGUCAAAGCAUGGACAAUUCAAAAAGGAACUCUUGCGCCGAAAGCUGCUGGUCGAAUCCAUACAGAUUUCGAAAAAGGUUUCAUUAUGGCUGAAGUGAUGAAGGUGGCUGAUUUGAUGGAAUUAGGUGAAGAGAAUAAGGUGAAGGCUGCAGGCAAAUAUCGUCAGCAAGGCAAGACGUAUGUGGUUGAGGACGGUGAUAUCAUACUUUUCAAAUUCAAUGCUGGUGCUGGUCUGACAGGAGGCAAAAAGAAAUGA